CGCCCCGGGCCCGCGCAGCCCCGGCCGAGAGCGCCGCGCACGCAGCCGUGUCAUCCUCCUCCCGAGGCAGCGGCGGCACCUCCGACCUCGUCCCGCGGGAGCGCCCAGGGCCGGCGGGGGAGCUGUCGGCAUCCCUCGCCCGGCUCGCGGCGGCGGCCGCGGGAGCCUUGGCCGCCGCCUCCUGCGCGCCUUCGCCGCCCGGAGCGACCCCUGGAUUGCGAACACUUGCCCCUGACCUCCUGGGCGGGGCGCCGCGCUCCUGCCCUCGGCCCGGAUGGGUCUCCUGGCUGGGACUCGGGGCUCCUGGAGUUAAUGUCCAAGCGGGGGUCUGCAGAGACCGGAUCCGAGGUGCCGCCGCCGGACGGGACUCUAAGAUGAAGUUAUGGGAUGUCGUGGCUGUCUGCCUGGUGCUGCUCCACACCGCGUCCGCCUUCCCGCUGCCCGCCGGUAAGAAGCCUCCCGAGGCGCCCGCCGAAGACCGCUCCCUCGGCCGCCGCCGCGCGCCCUUCGCGCUGAGCAGUGACUCCAAUAUGCCAGAGGAUUAUCCCGAUCAGUUUGAUGAUGUCAUGGAUUUUAUUCAAGCCACCAUUAAAAGACUGAAAAGGUCACCAGAUAAACAAAUGGCUGUGCUUCCCCGAAGAGAGCGGAAUCGGCAGCCCACAGGCCCGGAGAAUGCCCGAGGGAAAGGGCGGCGAGGCCAGAGGGGCAGAAACCGAGGCUGUGUCUUAACUGCCAUACACUUAAAUGUCACCGACUUGGGUUUGGGCUAUGAAACCAGGGAAGAACUGAUUUUCAGGUACUGCAGUGGCUCCUGUGACGCAGCUGAGACAAUGUACGACAAAAUAUUAAAAAACUUAUCCAAAAAUAAAAGGCUGGCGAAUGACAAAGUCGGUCAGGCAUGCUGCAGACCUACUGCCUUUGAUGAUGACCUGUCAUUCUUAGAUGAGAGCCUGGUUUACCAUAUUCUAAGAAAGCAUUCCGCUAAAAGGUGUGGAUGUAUCUGACUCCGGCUCCAGAGACCGCUGUGUAUUGCAUUCCGGCUACAGUGCAAAGAAAGGGACCAAGGUUCCCAGGAAAUGUUUGCCCAGAACGGAAGAUGAGGACCAAGGUGACAGAGGAGGAGGAGAAACAAGAGGAGGAGGAGGAGGAGGAGGAGGAGGAGGAAGAGGAGGAGGAAGGCAGCCAUUAUGGGAGCCUGGUAGAGGGGGGUCCAGCUAAAGAAAACUGGACAGGAGAGAAAACAGCCGCAGGUAUUCCUCAGACAGCAGCCGAUGUCACCAGCAGCUCGGGGCUGGGGUCCCUGCGUGAGUGUUGCCAUGGUUUCAGCUGAUGCGGUCCACCAGCCCAGUCCCGGGCACAGUUGCGGAUGAACUUCAAACCAAACCAGUGUAUCUCUUGUGGUUUGUUUUCACAUGUCUGGAAACACCAGGGUAUCAGUCAUCCUGGUGUUCUUCCUUGUCAUUAUGUUUUUACUGCUGAAAGCAACAAAGGUUUCUUUAUCUUUCUUCCUUUUUUUAAAAAAAUGUCACUCAGUGGAGACAUACCCCGGAAAGGAGGGGGAAAAAACCAAACCAAGAGCUAAGCAAAGGCACAAGAGAUAGUAACCUUUGAAUGGGAAAGUGGAGACCUGAGGUUUACCACCAUCAGCAUUUUGGUGAAUGUUUGGGGAUUGAUUUAGAACAUGGUGUGUGGGGGAGGCACCAAAAAGUUGGCUAGGCACCAGAAAGGCUGUUCUCCUGACUAAAAACAAUCCUGAACGUAUAGCCUUGCUGUCCCUGGAAACAGGAAUGCAGGUGUGGUUUCGGCAACAACCUUGCAAGAGAGCAAGUGGGAGAAGGCCCUGCCCGCCUGUGGGGUUACAGAGACAGAUGGUCCACACAUCCCAGCUCCGUCUAUGCGUGGUCACCAGUGACCAGAGAAGCUACUCGAUGCAAUGCAUCUGUUUCAGAUACAGAAAUAUAGAGAAGAUAUUUAUUGAGAUUUAAGUUAUUGUUAUUUAUUACCAUUCACUAAUGAGUUUCUCUUUCUUCCCCCCCUUAUUUAUUGAAGUUCUUUUCAAAGGUGCCAAAGUCUAUGUUCACAAAAUGCAAAAAAAAGAUGACAAAGGAAAUUUCAAUUGGGAACAAGGGUCCAUACUUUUCAAAGUAUUAAAAAGUUUUUCAUGAGGCAAAAAUCACUUACUUUACCUUUUUUUUCCAGAGAAGCCCUAGUUAACUUCCCAAAUUUCAACAUCUUCCCUAUUUUCAGGUUGUUAUUUCGCACCCCCCUCAAAAGAAAUGUGCCCGAGGAGGGUUUCUGGCAGGCCCCCUUCUCAGGAGCUGUAUGCAGAGACCAUUGGCAUUUGACUUUAUUCAUUUGUUCCAUCACCAUCUGCUUGCUUUCUUUUAUAUUUGAGACCACACUCCCCUCCAUAUAUUUAUGAUAUGCAUAACUGUAUAGAUCAAAGGGUAAAUUUCCAUUAGCUAAAGUCCUGGACACAACUGUUGACAUAAUAGUCAAGGUGCUGUUGGGUAGCCAGGCUCUGCCCUGACUUUUUUAAGGGUCUUGCCACCACCACCUUGGUGAGAAGCCUGCUCAUGGCUUGCUCUGCUGUCUUCCAGAAGUGGGGUACACCUGGCUGCCCUCAAUGCCCCUUAGCUGUUGCGUAAGGGCAAUAGUUGCUGACCCCUCUAUAUGCAACCCUUCCCCUUGGAAGAAGGUGGCUCAGAGGACAGUUGGAAAGCAUGUGGUCAGUCACCCACGGAAGGUGCUCCCUUAGUCCUGAGCAUGCUUAAGGGGCGGAAGCACAGAAGGGAAACUCCACCUCACACUGGUUCCAUUUCUGGAUCUGUCUGGCAGUCAACAUAUUUGCAAUGUGUGGGGCCUGUCCUAGAGUUUGUUACCCAAUUCACAAAAGGGAGUUUAAUCAAGCAAAUCAUCAAUCCCUACCUUAGUGGCUGAGAUUGAGCAAUUAGACCACAUACUACUGGUCUUCCUUAUCAUGUUAUUUUUGCAAUGUAAACAAGAGGCAGCAAUUACCAGCUGUCCCUUCCUCUCGUCCUUAAAGAUCCAAGUUUACCCUCCUUCUGCCCUUCUCUGUCUUCUUUGCUUCUCUCACACAGCUUGAAAAUAAAGGGAAAGGGCCUUUCUCUCCCAUCUCCUGAGGAGCAGCUACUCCCAAUGGUGACCCGGCUGCCUGGUCAUUCCUGAGGUACAAUUUGGAUGCAACUCCAGGAUGACCCGAUUUAGAAUCCUGUCAUAUUUGGUAGUUUGUGUCUGCCUUGUCGACUUCAGUUAGACCCCCAGCUCCCAUAGGGAGAGUGGGAUUCCAUGGGUGUUAACAGCUAUUUCCCAGUACCACCUGCACACCGUCAGCAGGUUUUCAAGGAUGCACAUCACUCCACUCAAUCCUUGAAAGGGUAAAGUUUGUGAUUUUUCUUUAACAUGGCGGUUACCAUCCGACCCAGUAAGGAGUGCACUUCUUUGGAAGUUCUGACUUCUCUGAUCUGUCUUGGUCGUUUGUGUUAUACAACCAAAGUUCUCUACAGACUUUAUUUUUGUACAAUAUCAUUUUGUAACUUUUUACAAAUAAAAACUCAUUUCUAUUGC